CAUGUGUAUCCCAUGCUCACAAAACAUGAAGAUAAACAUUGCCCCAAUAUGUCACUUGGGGACCAUCCACUACUAAAAUAGCUUUAAAAUCUACUCGGCAAAGACUCAGAUCGAUAUAUUCAAGAACUUAUCAUCUUAUCCACUCCUGUCUCCUCCUACAUAUUAUUUGUCAAAUUUCGCUUGCCGCGGCGUCCCACCGCAACACACACACGCACACAGUAAAAACAUUUGUAACAAACGCCAAAAGCAGGUUCCCUUAUCAAUUCUCUCUCUCUCUCUCUCUCUCUCUCUCUCUAGAUCUGUUUUAUCUUUCUCUCUCUAGUCUCUUUCCAUGGCUUCCUCUCUUCAACACCUCCUCUUUUCCUUCAUUUUCAUGCUCUCAAUCUCUGUUGCUCAGAGACCAUCCUUCCCAAAUCAUGCUAUGCUCCUUCCUGUCACCAAACAACUCCCAACGCUUCAAUAUUUGACUCACAUACAUUUGGGUACUCCACUUGUUCCCAUCACCCUUGUAGUUGAUCUUGGCGGUCCAUUCCUCUGGGUUGAUUCCGCAUCGACACACGUGUCAUCAUCUUACCAGCCCAUCAAGUCUGGCUCACUACAAUGCUCAAUGGCCAACACCAACAACUCUUGUCAAAAUUAUGGUAAUUGCUUGUCUAGAUCCAACACAUGUACUCUAUGCCCAGAAAAUUCCAUCACAACAAAGGUCACACAAGGAGAUCUAGCAGAAGACACCAUAGCCGUCAGAUCAGAGCUCGGUCAGAUCACAGCCGUCCAUCACUUCCUGUUCUCAUCAGCCCCCACUUUGUUACUCAAGGGACUAGCAAGUGGUGUGAAGGGGGUACUAGGCCUCGGAAGGUCCAGAAUUGCACUUCCAUCACAACUUGCCAACACAGUCUCCUACCACCGGAAAUUCACCGUCUGCCUGUCGUCGUCAGAGGGCGUCAUAAUCUCCGGUGAGAGCCAAUUCGCCACCGACAUUUCAAAGUCAUUAAUGUACACACCACUCAUCACCACCGACCAAGGCGGUGGUACGUUAAGAGAGUAUUACAUUAAUGUGAAGUCCAUAAAGAUAAAUGGCAAGCGAUUAUCGAUCGAUACAUCUUUAUUAGGCAUUGGAGGGACAACAAUUAGUACAAUUGUGCCUUACACCACUUUGGAGAGUACCGUCUAUGAAACACUUAGCAAAGCUUAUAUUAAGGUUGCCAAUGUCAUGAACAUGACUAGGGUGGCAUCAGUGGCACCGUUUGGGCUCUGCUUCAGCUCGAAAGGGAUCGAAAACACCCGGGACGUGCCGGUGAUUGAUCUGAUGUUGCAGAGCGAGAUGGUUAAGUGGAGGAUACAUGGGAGGAACUCAAUGGUGAAGGUGAGUGAUGAAGUGAUGUGCUUGGGGAUGUUGGAUGGGGGUGUGAAGCCUAGGGCUUCUAUUGUUAUUGGGGGUUAUCAGUUGGAGGAUAAUCUGCUAGAGUUUAAUUUAGCUACUUCUAUGCUUGGAUUUAGCUCAUCAUUAUUGAUGAGGCAAACCAGUUGUUCGAGUCUCAAAUUGUAUUCCAUGUCUAGUCAUGAAUCAAUUUGAGUCGUAUAUCCUGUACAGUUUUGUUCAAGUUAAUAACCAAUGUAUUAGUGGUGUGGUGUCGUACAAUUUUUUUCUCCGACCACAAAUCAAUUUUGGGUUAUUACUUCUGUAUUUUUGGUCUUGCUUAAAUUAAUGUCUUCAACUCAAUAGAUGAAAACAGAGCAUGUUUAUUUAUUAAUCUAAAUAAAGCAUAAUUUUUUUAUGUUA